AUGUCAGAUAGAACAGAACAACAGCCACUUGAUUUGAUACGUUUUCAAUUAGAUGAAUUAGUAUUGGUUAAAUUACGAGGUGCAAGAGAAAUGAAAGGAAGACUUCAAGGAUAUGAUUCUCAUUGUAAUAUUGUUUUAAGUCAAGCAAAAGAAUUUAUAUAUUCUGAGAAUGAUGAAGAACCUUUGGUGAAGGAUACUGAGAUGGUAUUUGUUAGAGGAGAUUCUGUUAUUUUGAUAAGUCCUGUGUCUGAAUAG